UAUUGAAAUAAUCAAUACUUCACAACUCUAGGAAACUCGCAAAAGUAUUGUGCACGGAAAAAUAUGUGGUUUUAAGUACUUAAUCGAAGCAUAAAUAUAUAAAUUUCAUAUCGAAAAGCUGCAAAGAGAACACCGCCAAGUUUGAGAUUAUCUAAAGAUCAUAAACCCCUCUAAACACCAAAAGUCACAAAAAUCCUAAAGACAUGGAUCGCAAAGCUGAAUUGGAGCGCAAGAAAGCCAGGUUAGCGGCUUUGCGCGAAGAAAAAGACAGACGUCGGCGUGAAAAAGAAAUGAAAGAUAUGGAGGAACUUGCUGUAAGAAGCUCAGAAAAGGAUCAAAGAAAGGAUUUGGAUGAAAUGCUUUCUUCAUUGGGUGUGGCACCAGUUUCUGAAGUUCUUACUUCAUUGUCUUCGGUAAAUUCAUUGAAUUCGGACAACUCUAAUACUCAGACACCAGAUGUCAGUCUGCAAACGAAUAUGAAUGGCACUAGUGCUGGCAAGAAACCCUUAAACUUGAGUGUCUAUAGUGUUCAGGCCACUAACAUUCCACCAAAAGAAACACUCACCUAUUCUAAACAGACCCAAACACAAAGUACCGGUGGCCAUGAGCGUGAUGUUCUUUCUUGCCACUCCUCACCUCUGUCAGGAUAUAUGGAGGAUUGGUGGAGACCACGCAAAGCUCAUGCUACGGACUAUUAUGAUGAAUACAAUCUUAAUCCGGGUUUAGAAUGGGAGGAUGAGUUCACAGUGCUUGCAUUUGAUGCCCAAGGAGAUGACGAAGAGAGUUCGCUGCCACACAUGGAUGGAUUCACCUCGAAGUUACCGCCUGGCUAUUUGACACAUGGUCUGCCCACAGUGAAAGAUGUUGCACCGGCCAUAACGCCCAUGGAACAAAAGAAGGAGCAAGAGGAGAAGAAAGAGAUCAAGGAACUGUCGGAGGAACAAAAACAAAUGAUCAUCUUAUCUGAGGACUUCCAAAAGUUUGUUUUGCGUGCUGGCCGUUUUAUGGAGCGGGCUCUCUCAGAGAAUGUCGACAUCUAUUUGGAUUACAUUGGCGGUGGUGACAAUGAGGAGGCUAAUGAUGAGAAAUCUCAUGCACGUUUAUCAUUGAAUCGCGUUUUCUAUGAUGAUCGCUGGUCGAAAAAUCGUUGCAUAACAUGCAUGGAUUGGUCUACGCAUUUUCCGGAAUUGGUGGCAGCUUCCUAUCAUAACAAUGAAGAAAGUCCUAACGAACCCGACGGUGUUGUUAUGGUCUGGAAUACCAAAUUUAAGAAACAAACCCCCGAAGAUGUUUUCCAUUGUCAAAGUGCUGUUAUGUCCACAUGUUUUGCUAAAUUCAAUCCCAAUCUCAUUUUGGGUGGCACCUAUUCCGGUCAAGUAGUUCUGUGGGAUAAUCGUGUACAGAAACGUACACCCAUUCAACGUACCCCUCUGAGUGCUGCUGCUCACACACAUCCAGUGUAUUGUUUGCAAAUGGUGGGAACACAAAAUGCUCACAAUGUCAUCUCAAUAUCAUCCGAUGGCAAAUUGUGUUCGUGGAGUUUGGAUAUGUUGUCACAACCUCAGGAUACGUUAGAAUUGCAACAGAGCCAGAAGAAACCUAUUGCCAUUACGUGUAUGGCAUUUCCGGCUAAUGAGAUUAACAGUUUGGUGAUGGGCAGUGAAGAUGGUUAUGUUUACUCAGCUUCUCGCCAUGGCUUGAGAUCUGGUGUAAAUGAGACAUUUGAGAAGCAUAUCGGUCCUGUCACUGGCAUUUCUACUCACUACAAUCAAUCAUCACCUGAUUUUGGCCAUUUGUUCCUUACCUCAUCCAUCGAUUGGACAAUCAAAUUGUGGUCGCUGAAGGACACCAAACCGCUGUACUCAUUCGAGGACAAUUCCGAUUAUGUUAUGGAUGUGGCCUGGUCUCCCAUUCAUCCUGCUCUGUUUGCUGCUGUCGAUGGUAGCGGCCGCCUUGAUUUAUGGAAUCUAAAUCAAGACACCGAAGUACCCACAGCAUCGGUUAUUGUUGAUGGUGCGCCAGCUCUCAAUCGUGUAUCGUGGAUGGCAAAUGGCCAUCAUGUGACUGUGGGCGAUGACAGUGGCCGCCUGUAUGUCUAUGAUGUGGCUGAGCAUUUGGCCCAACCAUCGCGGGAUGAAUGGUCUAGAUUUAAUGCCACACUCAACGAGCUCAAAAUGAAUCAAAGCGACGAGGUUUAAGCACACACACACACAAACACAAAAUGUGGGGGACUUUGUUAAGUCCUGCUACUACAAUUCUAUUUACAGCUUUAAAAAGACUAUACCUAAAGUUGUUUAAAUGGCAAUUUUACUUUUGCAUUAGCAUUAUCUCUUCAAUUUAUGCUUUCUUUAACUCUAUCCCCCCACCCUCCAACUGUCUCCCUCUAAACUACAUAAAUGAGUUUUCUAGAAAUAUUGUCUUAACUCUCUACUUCUAUCCAUUAGUCAUGCCCUAUAUAAAAAAAAUCGCGGUUUUCAUUUUUCUUUCAUUUUUUAAGGUUUGUGGCUGGGUUUACUUUUCUCCAAGGAUCAUUGAUUUGGUGUUGAUGAUUUUGUGAGGAAAAGCCUACCCAGUUUCACUCCUUAGUAGUUGUAUAUUUUAAUUUUUCUCUUUGUAUUAAACAUCCCCCUUGGUUUUUAAGUAUUACAAAAUAAGUUCAUUUGAAAUGAAAAAAGAUUUAACUAACUGUGUAUUAAAUAAACUAUGUAUGAUAAAUUUGUUAAACAAUUUUAUUUUAUUUAUGUUUUUAUAUAUGUGAAUUUUAUUUAACACAAGAAAAGAAAGAAAAAGCAACAACAAAAAAUCUCCGAUAUUAUCUUUUUACAGACACUUGUUUUCAUUUACUCUAUUCUAAAUUAAUUUUUUUAUGGUACAUAUAUACAUAUAUAAAUAAAUAUAUUUAAUUAUACAAGGCUGUAACCACCUGUGGUUGUGGCCAACAAAUUUAUAUUAACCCCGCCCUCACUCCCCAUGGAACAAACAAUGAAACAAAUAUGAACUUUAUGGCAGUUUUCUCUAAGAAAUCAUAGUGGAAGAGUUUUUUUCGUUUUUGGUUAAGAAAUUGCAUUAAGUACGAUUGUCAAGACCCUAAACUAAUGAUUAAUAAUAAUUGUAUGGAGUUAUGGACAGUUAAUAAGGCGUACGUCGAGUACACAGUAAGAUAGUCGUCUACAUACGAAAAAGAAAACACUACACAAAAUAUUUAUUGAAACUAAUCUAAUAAAUAUACCAGCAUAUGGAAAUUAUUGGAAAUUAUUAA